UUAACCCUCGAUGACAGAGUUAAACAAAAUUAAACAGAAUCGCGUCUCUCCUUCUCCUGUUUUUCUCUUCUCUCUUCGAUCCUGUCACCUCCAAUCCCAGAAAAGAAAAGAAAAAAAAAAUGGAGUCCCUCUUGCGAUCCUUAACGGGUCAAGACCCAAACCCGGACGACUACAGAAACAUCGACUUCUGGUCAGACCCAGAACGUUCAGGCUGGCUAACAAAGCAAGGAGACUACAUAAAAACCUGGCGUCGCCGCUGGUUCGUUCUCAAACAAGGGAAACUUGUGUGGUUCAAGGAUCGAAACGUGACACGGGGGUCAAUUCCCCGUGGGGCGAUCCCCGUGGGCAAGUGCUUGACCGUGAAAGGUGCAGAAGAUGUGCUUAACAAACCUUAUGCGUUUGAGCUUUCGACGAGCCAAGAAACAAUGUUUUUUAUAGCAGAUUCGGAGAAAGAAAAAGAAGAGUGGAUCAAUUCGAUUGGGAGGUCAAUUGUUCAACAAUCUCGGUCUGUUACUGAUUCUGAGGUUGUUGAUUACGACAGCACUCGCUGCUGAUUACUUUGUUUUUGUUGUAUCAAAUAAAAAAAAAUUAGUUAGCUAAACUCUAUACCAUGUUUGUUUUUGUUGUUCCUACUGUUGUGUAUGUAAUAAUAAAUCUUGGGGUAUUUCUUUAGUUUAAUUUGAAGGGUUUGCAUGAUU